ACAGGUGCGACCAGUGGGGUCGCUCGUCUUGCUUGACCUUCUCACAUCAGCCUUCAUGCAGUAGCGGUCCUCACCUGUCAAGUCUGCUCGACAAAGAGGCUCCAUAUGAGGUCCUGCGUACCUUUUUUAGCCUGGUCCAACAAAUCCCUGGGCUUCAAAGACGGGACUCCCCUCCAUCAUUCUCAUAGUGGGGGCGGUGUGGCCCAACAUGCCUGAACGGUAACAUGGCGGUCUGAUGUAAGCAGAAAUUGAGUUUCGGCAACCUGGAGCACUUGAAACACCGCGGGUGAUGAUUACAGUUUGCCCUCCGUGAAAGAAUAACGGCCGGAUUUGUAUGUCGGGUAUGUCUCUACGGCUCCGGCGAUCUUCUACGGUGUCGUUCCCGGGAGCAGAGUUUGGGAUUCGAUACCGAGCGACCGGGGUCUAGCUUCCCGGUUUCGGUACAGGGCUUUUCAGCCUUCGCCACCGGGGAGGAAGCCGCGGUUUCACGCAGGCAGCAAAGCCAGAGUGAGAAGACACUUGCUCGACACAUGAGGAGGCAUCUGACAAGACAAGCACAGCACAAGAACACCCAGAGCCUAUGGAUCCCAUUGACUCUGGACAAGGGCAAGAACAGCCGUCAGAGGAGCACUGGGAUUUAACGCCCAGCUCAAAAGGACGACAACGGAAGAAAAAUCCCAAAUAUUCUGAUUAUGAAACUGAUGGCACGUUUGUUGUGCAAAAAACACCUAGAACGAGCUCAAGGGGACGAGGAAAAGCUUCUAAAACGACUCCGGCAAAGGUUGAAAAAGGUAAAGAUACACAACAGCCUGCAGAUGGAGAAAAAGAAGCAACGGAUGCAACAAGUCAAGAGUCUGAUGGAAAAACGUUAGAGGAAACUCCUAAAAAGUUAGUGAGAGCCAAAAGGACCCCAUCAAAAAAGGCUCCGGCCAAAGAAACUCCCAUGGCUGAUGGGGGCCUCCCAAGUGGAGAGGGUGGAGUUGUAGAUACUCUGCAACAAGACAAUGGGACACCAAAGCCAAAGAGAAAGUAUGUUAGGAAGCAGCCUGCACAGAAAGCAACGCCGGUUACAGAACCACCAUGUGAGGAGGCUCAAGGGGAGCGUCCAGUUGAACCUGAGGAGGAGAUCGAACCCGGUGGCCGCCGCAGGAGAGGUGCUGCUAAAGCGGCAUUGAAGUACCUCCACAUCUUGGCAAAAGAGGUGCUUGGUCAUCCCAAUGAUGAGUCAGACUCCCAGCCAGGUGCCAACAGUAAAGUCGCGACAGACCCGGUCACAAAGCGGAAAAGUCCCAAAGGAAGCAAAGUGCGUAAAGGACAAAAGAGGAAACGUGCUGAUUUUGACAGUGAUGCUGAAGAUGAUGAGGACUUCGUGCCAGGUGUUGAAGAAGAUGAGGUUGAGGAGAUAGAGGAUGAAGAAGAAGCAGAGGACUCAGAUUUGGACUUGGACUUCAGGACAGGUGGACGAAGUCCAGCAGUUUAUCACAUCAACAGGACCAAUACAGGCUCCAAUGCCAAAGCCCCCAACGGACUCACCACGAAUGUCAUGAAAACUGUUUGGGACGCCAUUGAGACGACCAAGAAGUUCCGGGAGGAGCACUACAGCAGCUGGGUGUUCCCAGAGUGGGUCCCCACCACAAGUUACUGGCCCCUUGUACCACAAAGUGAUUUGGAGAAAUACCUGCCUCAGGAGCUGUGUUCAGCUGCUUUCAAAGUGUCCAGAGAGGGCCUCAGUAAGGAGGAGAUACCGUUGCAAAGACUCAGCAGGUUUGCAGCAGUUCCUGCUCACCCAGAACGCUGGGACAUGUUGCUGUAUGCAGGGGGACCGGUCUGGGCCAUGGAGUGGUGUCCAACCCCGGAUGGUGCUCCAGCCACCCAGUAUAUUGCUCUGGCCUGUCAUCGAGGGAUGGACGACCAGCACUACGUCAACAAGACAUACACCGGACCUGGACUCAUUCAGCUGUGGGACGUGGGCAAGCUGGAGUACAACAGCAGACCAGACUCCCAGCCAGUUUUGGCCUAUGGCUUGGCUCAGGACAAAGGCUUCGUCUGGCAUGUGAAGUGGUGUCCUGCAGGAGGCUGGGAGCCCCCCAGCUGUGGCAGAAAGGCUCCUUUCCUGCCGAGACUGGGUCUUCUGGCAGUUGCCGCCUCCACCGGCGUGGUCACCAUUUACAGCCUGCCCCACCCUGAUGCUCUGCACUCCAUCAAGAAGCUCCCUGACUCUGGAAAAGCAGGCCAACAGCUGCCAAUAUACCAGGCAGAGGGAGUAUUAACACUGAAGCUGGGCUCCUUCAAAGCCCCCCGCCAUGAAAAAAGUGGACAAGUCCUGUCUAUGGACUGGCUGCCUGAAAAACCACACAAUAUAAUGGCUAUUGGAUUCUUUGAUGGUGUCGUAGGUCUUUGGGAUCUGUCCACACAGUCCGCGUUGUUGCGUGUGAGAGCGUCGGAUGGAUCACUGAGUCUGCUGCCCUAUCGAUGCUUACUUGCUCAUGACCACGCUGUCCGGGCCCUGGCCUUCUGCCCUGCCUCUAGGUACCUGUUGGUGACAGCAGGAGAAGACCGUUACGUGAAGACAUGGGAUCUGAGGAGGCUCUGUGAUCCAAUCACCGUUCAGAAACGCUAUCUGACCAAUGAAAUCUAUUGGCCAUUGAAUGCACCUGGCCUCCUGAUGGCCCAGGAGACCGCCUAUGUAGCGAAGGGUUCACAAGGAGUCCAUUACUUUGACCAUUACAUGCACUCCAUCUUCGCAAUUCCUAGGACUGGCACGCUGUGGUCCAUAUCUUACACCGACUGGUUGAACAGUGUGGUGACAUCAGACAGCCUCGGUGAGGUGAUCCUCGCCCUGUUACCUCAGAUACACUACACUCCUCCAUAUCUCAAACGCACAAUAGAGAGACGAUUUCCCAUCUACUUCACAUCGCUGGUUCCUUAUGAUAAAACUGAAGAAGAAACUCAAGGGACGGGAGGAGGGGAGGAGGGGGGAGACGCUGCUGAAGGGCAGGAAGGAGGAGGGACAGAAGAAAGGGAUACUGGGUCUGAAGGAGGGGAUGAGAACGACAAUGAAAACAGAAGAGAAGGAGGAAGAAGUAGAAACGAUACAAGUCCCCCUCAACGAUUCCAGACAUACAAAGAGGCUGUGAAGAAAUACUGCCUCCACCUCACAGACAACGAUAUGCGUACCUUUGCAGGAAGCGAGAAGCGAGCUAUGUGGAAACGCAUGAAAGACACAGAAGUGAAGACAAAGAUGAACCUGGAUGAAAUGCCACUGGCUGCACUACACAAGGUGCGUUUCAACCCAAACAUGAACUGCCAUACCUGGGUGGUUUCCGGAGGCCAGACGGGGCUGGUCAGACUAAACUGUCUGAGGAGUAUGAUCAGCUCUCAUGUCAAGAAUAUGAUAAGCGAGAACCAGGCUCAGUUCGACGCACUGUACUCACCGAGAGACCAGAAGGAAGCCGUCCAAACAGCGACAAAGCAGCUAUAGCGAGAGUUUAACUUCAGAAUCGGAAGGUGGAUCAAACUGUCACACAAGUGUAUGACUGCAAAAAACACGAAGCUGCAAAAAAAAAAAAUUACUCGCGAAAACAAUAUAAAUUCUCAGUAGCACAUACAGUAUAUAUAUUUGCUGUUUUUGGUUUAAUCGUGUUGCAAGUGGUCUGUGGCCAGGCUUAAAAUAAAACAAGUGACCAACCUUUUCAACUUUAAGUAGGAAAAAUGAAAUGAUUCGCUGGUUUAUGGCGUUUCUUCAACAACGGCCCGAUAACGCUCUCCCAUCAAACUGUUCCUCCACUGGGAAUUCUGCCUGACAGUGUAGCAGGUUAAUGAGGAACCACAGGUGAGUAUAUCCUCCUAUACUGACUGAACAUUGACCUGAACACGGCUUUACUUCCCGCCAAAUGUCUCAUGGACGCAUCUUUUUUUUUUUUUUCAGUCUUUUUACGCUGCUACAGCAGCUCAUGAUGAGAAGUGGCAGUGGGGGCGGUUUAUUUGCGACCGGGCAGUUACAGCGGCUGGCGGUGCCUUGCAUAAAACAUUAGCAGUUUGCAAAUUGCGAACAUGGCAGUGACCCCACUGUUGACAGCAGUCUAAGGCAAUGAGCAUGUAAAUUAUAAUCUGCAUUCACUGUUGUAAAAAUCAACCCUCAGGAAAAGUGAUUAAUACCUGCUACAGUUUGUUAAGGGAUGAUGUUAAAUUUAUAAAUGAUUAUAGAUUUAAAAUUGUUUCGGAUGGUGGUUUCUAACCACUUAAAGGAAAGUGCCGGUUUAGUUCGACCUGGUGUGUUUCCCAUAGAUGUGGCUCUCGUGGCUCUAUGGGUCGUGCAAACUUUGUAUCUAUGGGAUACAUCUAUGGGAAAUAAGCCCAGUUUCCGUUAUAAAGGAACGACUGCACGCUGAGCCCAAGCCACAGAGUUCAUCCAAAAAGACAGUGCUUCAAUCCAGUUGGAUCUCCGUCAGGUCAAAAUGCUUAAAAAUGGACACCACCCCCCCAACAAUGCAGAGUGCAGGCGAUACUGUUCUUCAUUGAUGCUGCUUUUUAAAUACCUUGGCACCUAUACGGGAUCUGGGUAUAAUUACACCCCUUCAAACGCGGCAGUUUGAAAUAAACGAUAAUCAAAUUUCCCAAGUUCAUCACCGUGGGGUGUGUUUACAGGUGCAUUCCUGUCAAUAUUUUGCAAAUCUGACAUUGCUGAUAUUAAAAACAAAAGGGAUUCUGGUCACGACGGUGCUGAUAUGACGCCCUGAGUAACAAAAUGUGACAGACUGGGUAACCUCAAACCUUCUGGCUUUUUCAGUCGUUAUUAUGGCAGACAUUUCUGUUUAUUAUCAGCAAGACAUUCCAUUGCAAUGUACGUGAAUUUCAGUUUUCAGAUUUCUUCGCUUCAUUAGCAAGAGUGUACAGAAUGUCGGUAUCAUUUAUUAACUUGUCUGGUUGGUUGGACGAUCAAAACCGCUUGCGCCAGCGUUGUUUCUCUAAGCCUUAAGACUCUCCUGACAACCCUUUUUUUUUUUGUGUACCAGUACCUUAAAAAUACACUUUCUGAAUUUAUUAUUGUGCCCCAAAAUCUUCCCCCCCACCUCACUGUUGAUGUUUUAAAGCUGCAAACUGAGCCGAGUUUCAAAACAUCAAAACCAACCUAGGAAAAAUUGGAGUGUAUCUUUAAGAUUAUUUUUGCUGCUGUACUUUUGUAAGUGAUCACUUUUCUCAACAGCUCAGGCUACAACUUAGGGGAAAUACUUGAAUAUUUUUUUUUGUAACUCCGCUGGAUGUAAUGUUUAUAAAUAGACACAUUUUUAGGUCUUUUUCUGCCUUUGUUCUUUUCUUUUCACGUUGAAUUUAUUCCUGCUGUUGUUAUUGUGAGAAUUCUAAAGUUUUGAUUCAAAAUUUUUUAAUAAUAACAGCUGCAGUAUAUUGACAUGACAUAAUUUAUUUUUCAGUGUCUACAAAAAAAAUAAAAAACAGGUAGUAUGUACUUACAGACAGUAGUCUCUUUUUUAGGACGUUUUACUCUUCAGUUCACUUACGGGUUUGGAAACAUGCUUAUAAGUCUAGUUUUUUUUUUCUAAUUUACAAAUCGCAUUGACAGUUUCUGAAUGAUGUUUAGUAAACACCAUGAUAGUGUUGUCAGUGAUGAAAAAUGAAGUGCUGACAUUAUUAUUGGUAACUUGUAAUUCAUAAAAGUAUCGAACUGUGCAGGGCGUGGUCUCGUUCUGUUUUUCUGUUAUUUUUGAAAUGUUGCAUAUAUGAAUGUUUUUGUAAUUGCAAAAAUUAUUUGAAU